UGGGAAGGAGGCCCUCCCUCCAUUAAUAGUUAAUACAGGAUAGUUUCCUUGUCACAAGCGAACCUUGCUCAUUUAGUUGGAUCAUCAUUCCCUAUUUACAUACAUUUCCCAGAGGAGAAAAAGAGAAAAGAAGAAAGGAGGCGAACGAUGAGAAGGCCUCAAUCUCUGCCUCUACUGUAAGUUCGUUCCCCUUGUUAACAAAGAAAAUUAAUCCCAAGUCCGAAGAUAUAAUUUCUCACAAAAUGCAUUCUUCUUCCAGUAAACAACCCGGAGCGACUUUCAAGAACAGAGGAAAAGCACUGAACCAUGAUGAGCCUGAUAAAGAUGAAGACGCAUUCUCCAGUGACAUGAUGAUUACUUGCAUGCCAAUCCAGAAACGCCAACCCUACAAAAGAUGUGAAGAGUAUUGUGGUGAUGAAUAUGGGCAAUGGAGGAUGGAACAGAUGAAGGGAGCAGAAAGGUUAGAGAAGGAGCUGAAGGGAAGGUGGUCAAUGGAGAAUCUGAUUGAUGAGCAGGUGAAGCGUUUCCAGGCGCAGUACAGCAGUACCCCGACCAAGCUGAUCAAAGAUGUAGCCGAGGUGUUGAUGCCAAAAUGGGCCCCGCCCCGUGAGCUAGCAGCCCUUUCCUGGUUGGGCGAUUGGAGGCCCUCGGCCAUCCCGCGCCUCCUCCACUCCCUAAUCCAAGCGGGCACCCUUCCCGAGUCCCGCGCGGUGAAGACGGUUCUGCCCCU